GUUCAUUUAUCAAUAAAAAAGAGAUUGAAAGAGAAUUGGACAGUGAAGAAGAGGGUAAUUUAGAAAAUCCACUGGAUGAACCGAGUGAAGAAAUUAUAGACGUUGAAAAGAACAGAAGUUUUAAAAACUUGGAACAAUUCAUCAACACAGAAAUGAUAAGAACUCCACCUUCUAAAGUACAGAAAACUUCUGAAACAGAGGGAAAAAACCCUGAAUCAAUCAAUACGGAGAAGUCGGCACAAACUGCUGAAAAUUUAUCAGGCGAUAACCCUAAAAGAACUCAGGAAGAAACUGACGAAAUGAAUAAAUUUUUUGAAAACAUAAAAAAUGCUGCAAAAGAUGUCGAUAAUUCGAAAUUGGAGGAGAAUAAUUCAAAUCAAACCGAAAAUACGAAUAGUUCUGCUUAUCAAUCUGCAAAUAAUUCUAGCCGCACGAAUCAAAGCUAUCAACGCUCUCAUAACAAUGAUACCACAUUACAGCAAUAUAAUUCGUUUGAACAAAAUAAUAUGCCUCAUUCUACUCGUAUCGAUCAAAAUCGCAUAUCUCAAUUUUAUGAUAAUCCUCCACCGACUUAUUCAUCUACUUUACAGCCUAAUUAUUCAGCUUCUUUACAAAAUUCUGCACAACCAAAUUUUUCUCAGACACAUUAUACAUCCAAUCCUACAAAUUGUUCUCAGGGUAUGUCUCAACCCAAUUUUGCUCAAAUCCAUUAUCCACCAAGCUUGAUGCAUAAUGCAAAUCCUUCACUUAACUAUACUCAAUCGCAAUUCCAACAAAAUCGUGGACAGCCAAUGAGGUACGAUCAAAAUAUAAGUCACCAACAAUAUAAUGAAUCACUAUACCAUUCAAAUCGUUAUCCCACAUCAAUGGAUAAUCCAAUUGCAUCAAUUUCAUCUAAUGAUACUCGCAGUAAUUCAAGCUCAAUGUACGUAAACGAUAAUAGCAUUCGUGAAAGAAACGAACGUGGAAACAGAGAUUUCUUACGCAACGAAGGACAAAGUUCUCUAUCUUUUAAUCGAAAUAAUCAGGACAAUUGGCUACCUGAACGUACACAGUCUAAUUUACAAAAUCAAUCUGGUUUUAUGCCAUUUAAUAAUUCAAACAUGUCUACAAUUCAACUGCCAGUGCGCCAACAAUUCUUACGUCGUCUUAAACUCAUACCUAAAUUUGAUGGAGCAACUCACAAAGAAUUGGUCGAUUUCAUCGAUAUUUGUGACACUCUUUACGAGUCAUGCAUGAAUGAGUAUGAAGAAAAUGAAUAUUACGAGCAAAUGGCGCUCCAAUUAAGGGGAGAGGCUAGACAAGUACUAGUUAAUCUCAGAGAACCAAGUUGGUCGGCAAUCAAAGAAAGAAUCUAUAUUCAAUUCAAACAUUUAGCCAAUAAAGACGUACUUAACAGUCAAUUAGAAAAUCUUAAACAAGAGAAAGAAGAAUCAUUGACUAAAUUUGCAGAAAGAGCACGGAAACUGUUGCAAGAGAAAAAUGCAGCGUAUAAAUAUUUAACAGAAGAUCAAAAAAUUGAACACAAUAGGAUUGCUCGGAAAGCAUUUUCCAGAGGUAUCACAGAUACCAGGUUACGUAAUAGAUUGAUCACUCGUGGAGCAAGCUCUUUAGAGGAUGCAGUAGCAUAUGCUAUUGAAGCAGAAAACGAUGCGUUAUAUCAAAUACCUAGGCACGAGCUGUUCUGUGGACACUGUAGAUUAACAGGUCAUCGUGAACGUGAUUGUCGCAAUAGAAUUGGCGGUAACAACGGCAUUAGUGGUUUAAUCACAGCUCUUCAAUCUUUCAAUACAAAUCAAUCAUUCAAUCGAUUCGGCAAUAAUAAUUUCAAUCGUUUCAAUCGAAACAGAAUCCUAAACAAUAACAAUCGUUUCAAUGGAAAUUGGAAUAAUGGUAAUCGUUUCAAUGGAAAUUGGAACAGUAGUAAUCGUUUUAAUGGAAACUGGAAUAAUAAUAAUCGCUUCAAUGGAGAUCGUUUUAAUUGGAAUAAUAGAAAUCGCUUCAGUGGAAGUUGGAAUUCGGGUAAUAUAUUUGAUCAAAACAAUGGCAAUCAAAACUGGUCAUCUCGCAAUGAAAAUCGUCCAACCAAUAAUCAAUUCAAUGGCGACAAUCCUUCAUACAAUCGUAACUGGGGUAACAACAAUCAAAAUAACAGACCUCAAAAUAAUCAAAACAAUCAGAAUCAGAACAAGCCACAACGUACUUUUGAUAAUCGCAACAAUCAAAGAUUCAACAAUAACAAUGCUGUCGAAGCGGCAAUUGAAGUUGUUCAUCAGGAUACCCAAUCGGAAAACUAA